AUGACUACCUCCAUGAGCCACCUCCCGGCUCAGCUCCACGCCGCCCUGUCGAGACGCUCUGCGAAACAGCUGCUCAAUGACCUUACAACGCUCUACGUAAAGCAUCGCACCACCAUCUCAAGGACAGUCUACCUCGCCUUAUUCCUCGCCUUGAUCAGUCGCGUCCGCAAUGCGAUCAAAGAGCAACAGGCUGCCGCUGCACGUGCUGCUGAAUCUCGACGAAAAGGGCCAUUGACUGGCAACACUGGCGCAGAGGGCAGCACAAGGAAGAAGGUCGAGCUGAAUAGAGAGUUCUUCCGCAAUCUAAUCAAGCUACUGCGGAUAUGUAUACCAGGUUGGAAGAGCAAGGAGCUGCGGCUACUCGUCAGCCAUUCAGUGUUCCUGGUCCUGCGCACACUUAUCAGCUUAUACGUUGCCGAGCUGGACGGCAGACUCGUCAGCAGCUUGGUGAAAGGCAAAGGGAAGGCCUUCUUGAAAGGUCUGGUCUGGUGGAUGAUCGUUGCUGUGCCGGCCACGUUCACGAACUCCAUGCUCUCCUACCACCAGACGACGCUAUGCCUGGCCUACAGGACUCGCCUGACGCAAUACAUACACAAUAAGUACCUCCAUAAUAUGACCUUCUACACACUCUCUGCCCUGGACGACCGGAUAAAGAAUGCAGAUCAGCUUAUCACAGUAGACGUGAGCAAGUUCUCCAACAGUCUGGCAGAGCUCUACUCCAAUCUUGCCAAACCAAUACUGGAUCUGGUCAUCUACAACUGGAGCCUCAGUAGAAGUCUGAGUGCGAGCGUAAUGCGUGCUCUCACACCUCCUUUUGGCAAGUACGUUGCAGAUGAGGCGAGGCUGGAAGGCGAGUUCAGAUUCCAGCAUUCACGCUUGAUCGACUAUAGCGAAGAGAUUGCUUUAUACUCCGGACACGAAGCUGAAAAGGACACACUGGACAAGGGCUAUUUCACGUUGAUCAAGCAUGUCAACCGUAUCCUCAGACGGCGCUUCUACCAUGGCAUCAUGGAAGAUUUUGUGAUCAAGUAUUUCUGGGGUGCGUUGGGUUUGAUGCUUUGUUCCGUUCCUGUCUUCUUCAAGGUGCCGUCGACUGGCGUGGCGCUUGGAGGCAAGAGCGACCAUACCGAAAGCUUCAUCACAAAUCGUCGACUGCUACUGUCGAGCAGCGAUGCUUUUGGCAGAUUGAUGUUCUCUUACAAAGAGAUUUCUCAGCUGGCAGGCUACACCAGCCGCGUCAGUACACUUCUAGACGUCAUUGCGGACAUCCAGCGAGGACACUUUGAAAAGGCGCUUGUGUCGUCAGCUUCUACAGAGGCGAAUGCAGCCGUGCUAUCUGGUCGUGGCAAGCUGGAAGAGAGCGAGGAUAUCGAAUUCUACAACGUGCCUAUUGUCUCACCCAAUGGCGAUGUGCUGGUAAGAGCACUCUCCUUCCACAUCAACCGUGGCGAUCACCUGCUGAUCGUAGGACCAAAUGGCUGCGGCAAGAGCAGUCUCUUCCGCAUUCUCGGUGGUCUGUGGCCUGUGUACGGAGGCAAAGUACGCAAGCCACCAAGCGAGGACAUCUUCUACAUCCCUCAGCGACCGUAUUUGAGCAAAGGCACCUUGCGACAGCAGAUCCUGUAUCCAGAUUCACUUCUCGAUAUGCGCGCCAAAGGUACCACGGACCAAGAUCUCGCAGCCAUACUAACAGUGCUUGGUCUCGAGAGUCUCCUGAACACGAAUAACAGCCGGUCGUAUGUCACCGAGUCGGCCAGUCCGACCGAAACCCGCUCCCCUCGCUCCCUAGCAGGUCUAGAUACAACGGCCGAAUGGUCCGACCUCUUAAGCACGGGGAACCAACAACGCAUAGCCGCCGCCCGCCUCUUCUACCACCGCCCGAAAUACGCCAUCUUAGACGAAUGCACGUCAUCGGUCACGUCCGAGACGGAGAAGAUCAUGUAUGACGAGGCGAAGAGGUUAGGGAUCACAUUGAUGACGGUGAGCCAUCGGAGGAGUCUGUGGAGGUAUCAUGGAUGGAUUCUGCAAUUCGAUGGGCAGGGUGGGCAUGUGUUUACGAAGUUGGAUGCGGAGAAGAGGUUGAGGUUGGAGGAUGAGAGGGAAGAGCUGGAGUUGCAGUUGAGGGGUGUGGGGGAGAUUGAGAAGAGGAUUGCUGAGUUGGAGGUUGGCGGUUGA